UGUCGCCGCGCUCCCGGCCACAGCCGCACUUACUUCCACUGUCGCCGCCGCUCCGGGGACAGAGACGCCGCCUCUAGUCGCCGACAGCUUCGGUUGGGCAGCGGCGUGAGGGACUCGCCGCGGCGUGCCGUCUGUCCCCCGGGCCUUUGUGCGGCCGGCCGAGCUCCCGCGUGUCCCCCGCUGGUCGGGGGCCGGGCACCCCCUCGACGGCCGCCCCCGCGCCCCGAGGAGACGGCGUCCUGAGGCACCUGCCGAGCUCCCGCCGGCCGAGCGGAGCGGGGCUUCGGCGGCGCUGCCGGCAGCGGGCGUCCCCGCAGAAGCCCUUGUGGGGAGGAGAGAGAGCAACUGGAGAAGCUUCCAACCAGGGAAAUGCUCCCCACCUGGAGACAAGGAGUCAGGGCUGUGAACGGAAGGCCUGCUGCUAUUGUCGACCCAAAUGAACCCAUCGGAUCUCCCGAGGAAGUGUGAACAUUUGAAGAAUCCAAGAAAUAUUUGGGAAAGUGUGGUAAGGAUUAAAUAACUAAGGUGAUAACCAUGACAAGCAGUUCAGUCCCACUAUGGCAAAGGUUAACAAGGAAGCAAUGAUUGACUUUGGUAAAUCCUCCAGGUGGGAGCAUUGAUAGGAAAGGUGGAGGAAUUAUAAACCGUGGGCUGAGGAAGCCCUGAGGAAUCCAUAAAUAACCAGGCUUCCCGAAAUAUGAAUUAGUGAUGCUGUCUUCCAAGAUGUGUUCAUGUCUAGAAAGGAAAUUGACAACAGCAGGCUUUUGCCCUGUUUCUUUUACUUUCUGAUGUUCAUGCAGAUCACUUUGGGUCUUCCCUUUGCCCAGUUGUUCAGUCCAUUACCACCUUUGUCUUCUUCCUGGCGUACAGCAGUUAUACAUGCACAGCUCGAUGGAGUCUAUUCUUCCGCUUCUCGAAGCCUGUCUUGUUAGGACACUAACAAGAAAUUCGAGACUGGACAAGACCUCAACAAAAUCACCUUGACCAAGAAAAUAUAGCGUCUGUCCUUCAAAAUUAGCUAGCUCAACCAUGUAAAACAGAGGUCUACUCCACCCAGGUAGAAACUCAAGUGGCCAGACCAAUGUGCUCCAGAUAUCCAUAGGAAACUCCAAAAAUUGACAAUAAGGCUUGAUACCACUUCUGCACAGUUAGUGGAGGUAGCCUUCAGGGUGUUAAGCAGCUGAGAUAUGAUAGAAGAAAUGAAAGAUGACCAAAAGAUGCAGAAGCAAGCUACUCUGCUUGUGGUGGCCCUCCAGUCUGUUCAAGGUAACCCGAGAGAGAAGAUGACGACACGACGGCUGUUCCUGGAAGAAGGCCCUGGACCCAACUGCCCUGAACCAGACCAGAUCGGUCCAGACCACAACCACAAGAAUGACACCAAGGGAAACACACAGAGAGUUGUACUAAAGUAUCUGCAAAGGAAGUGCGGUCAGAAACACAAAACCACCCUUCGGUACCUCAUCUGGGGCAUCUUAUUAGUAGGUUACCUGGCUAUGGUGAUCGCCGCGUGUGUGCUCAACUUUCACAGAGCCCUUCCUCUCUUCGUGAUCACCGUGCCUGCCAUCUUCUUUGUGGUCUGGGAUCACUUCAUGCCCAAAUAUGAGCAUCGAAUCGAAGAGUUCCUGUCUCCAGGCAGAAGGCUUCUGGACAGCCAUUGGUUCUGGCUGAAGUGGGUGAUUUGGAGCUCGCUGAUCCUGGGAGUUAUUCUCUGGCUGACCUUUGACACCGCCAAACUGGGGCAAUGGCAGCUGGUGUCGUUUGGUGGGCUCCUGAUAUACGUCAUCCUGCUGUUUCUAUUUUCCAAGCACCCAACCAAGGUUAACUGGAGGCCUGUCUUUUGGGGAAUUGGGUUACAGUUUCUUCUUGGGGUCAUAAUACUAAAGACCAACCCUGGAUUUAUGGCUUUUCAGUGGUUGGGGGAAGAAAUUCAGACCUUCUUGGACUACACUGAUGCUGGGGCUGCAUUUGUCUUUGGGGAGAAAUACACAGACCACAUCUUUGCAUUUAAGUACCUGCCAAUGCUGGUUUUCUUCCACGCUGUCACGUCCGUGCUCUUCUACCUCAGAUGGAUGCAGUGGAUCAUUAGAAAGAUUGGAUGGGUCAUGCUGGUUACUAUUGGAUCAUCUCCUGUUGAAUCUGUCGUUGCUGCUGGCAACAUAUUCUUCGGAUAUACAGUGGCUCCAAAGCUGGUCCAACCGUAUUUACAAGGCACCACCAAGUCUGAACUCCAUGCAAUCAUGACUGCUGGGUUCUCUACUAUUGCUGGAAAUGUCUUCGGCCUAUACACUUUUUAUGGGAUUUCACCCAUCCACUUGUUAACUGCUUCAGUUAUGUCAGCGGCCGCAUCAUUGGCUGUGGCUAAACUCUUUUGGCCUGAGACAGAAACACCUAAAAUAACCGUGGAGAAUACCAUGAAAAUGGAAGUUGGUGAUUCGAGGAAUCUUCUAGAAGCCGCAUCACAGGGAGCAUCCUCAACCAUCUCCUUGGUGGCACACAUUGCUGUGGGUCUCAUUGCCUUCCUGGCCCUGUUGUCUUUUGUGGAUGCAGCCCUGUCCUGGUUUGGAAACAUGUUUGACUACUCACAACUGAGUUUUGAGAUAAUAUGCUCCUAUAUCUUCAUGCCCUUUUCCUUCAUGAUGGGAGUGAACUGGCAAGACAGCUUCAUGGUUGCCAAACUCAUAGGUUAUAAGAUAUUCUUCACUGAAAUUGUGGCCUAUGAGCGCCUCUCAAAAAUGGUGUAUUUAAGGGAAGAGGCUGGACCCAAAUUUGUGAAUGGUGUGCAGCAGUAUAUGUCGAUUCGUUCUGAGACAAUUGCCACUUAUGCUCUCUGUGACUUUGCCAAUAUCGUUUCCCUAGGAAUAGCAAUCCGCGGACUCACAUCCAUGGCUCCUUCCAGAAAGCAUGACAUCGCCUCAGGGGCAGUGAGAGCUCUGAUUGCAGGGACCAUCGCCAGCUUCAUGACAGCCUGCAUCGCAGGCAUACUCUCCAGCACUCCUGUAGACAUCAACUGCCAUCAGUUUUUAGAGAACGCCUUCCACUCCAGCUCACCUAAAAACACAACUGAUGUAGUGUCUUGUUGCCAGAGUCUAUUGAGCAGCACUGUUGCCAAGGGUCCCGGGGAAGUCAUCCCAGGAGAGGACCACAGCCUGUAUUCUUUGAAGAACUGCUGUGAAUUGUUGAUUUCACCAGCAUUGAACUGCAGUUGGAUCCCUAAUUAAUUUUGAGUUCAGCCAGUUCUCCAACAGAACUCUAAGUACAGAUACUAACCUUUCUGCUUUGGGGAGAAAAAGAAAAGCUGUUCUCCACAGAUUGAUACUUCCAUCAUGGAAUCAGCUUUAACUGGAAAGAAGAAAAAUAGGAGUAAACCCUUCAGAUCUAGAGCAUCUUCCUCCUCUCCUCAGCCCCUUCCCUGCUGAGAACUACUAUUGUGUCCCAAAGUGAGAUGGUGUCUCCAGUCCCAAAAAUGUUUUCUGACCUUAGAAUUUCAGAACAUUUAACCAGAACACAAGUAUAAAUGAUGGCUCACCACAACUGGGCUACGACUCAGCCAACCCACUGUGAGUCUCUAAGUACUCCAGAGUGACUCAUUUUAAAAACGUCUCAGGUGAAGUCUCUCUGCAUUCACGCUGGCUGACCUGAAAUAGCCUAAACUUGAAUCUCACAUGGAGGAGGACCGAUCACAUAUCACCCACUCAUUCUCUGCCCUGAGGAAGUCCUGCAGAAGUCAGGAGUCCUUCAGGAGAGUGCCUAGACCAUUCCAAAGCUAGGUUUUAAGUCCUGUGUGCUUAAACUUAUACCAGUCUGCUUAAGCUGAACUAUACUGCAGUAAUAAAUAAUUCAAAAACC